GCUGAGCCAGUCGGCGGCCCUCCGGGGAGCGAUCAUGUGACAGACAUGCGCCUGCGCUCUUUUUACGGCCCUUGAAGGGGCGGGACGUGUCCGGAACUAAAGUGCUGGAUUUGGCUGUGAGAGCGCCCUGUGGUAACCGGAUUUGAGGGUUGCCCUUUGUGCACUCCUGUCUGCUCUGCUUUCCCUCGAAGUAGGCACCCGUCCAUUUCCAAGACAUAUUUGACCCAUGGAUCUAUUUUAUGCUUGUCAUAGCCUUUGAAGAGAACAGCCACCACACUCAUGGCAGGGAUUUUGCGCUCAUUAGUUCAGAGACCCCCAGGUGGACUCCAAACUGUAACAAAAGGUGUGGAGUCUCUCAUUUGUACAGAUUGGAUUCGUCACAAGUUUACCAAGUCAAGAAUUCCAGAUAAAGUAUUUCAGCCUUCACCUGCAGAUCAUGAAAAAUAUGGUGGGGAUCCACAGCAGCCUCAUAAACUACAUAUUGUUACUAGAAUAAAGAGUACAAAAAGACGUCCAUAUUGGGAAAAAGAUAUAAUAAAGAUGCUUGGAUUAGAAAAAGCACAUACUCCUCAAGUUCACAAGAAUAUCCCUUCAGUGAAUGCAAAACUGAAAGUGGUUAAACAUUUGAUAAGAAUCAAGCCCCUGAAGUUGCCACAAGGACUUCCAGCAGAGGAGGACAUGUCUAACACGUGCCUCAAGAGCACUGGGGAGUUAGUGGUGCGGUGGCAUCUAAACCCUGUAGAUCAGGAAGCAGUUAAGUCCUAAUGCCAGAGCAGGGUCAUAUUGAAAAAUGUGCAUCAUUUUUAUUUAAAGAUAGAAAAUGUUCUCAUUAAAAUAUAUUUUAAAUACUUGUCAUUUUCACUGGCUGAAGAUGGUGUGAUUUCUUCCUUGUAUAGGUUUGGAGGUUUCAGUGCUCGUAUUUGAUUUAACUCUCUUUUCUGUCUGAUAGUUUCACUGCAGAAUGGGCAGGAAUGGCAUUGUUUGAACAUCUGGGUUCGGAUGUCACCUUAGCAGUCACUACUGACUUGUUUAAAAUAUUGUUUUUUCAUUGAAUGCAACAAAUUCUGUGAGUGUCUCUUUGAGUGAGCAUUGCGUUACGUGUUGGAGAAAUGCAAAACCGACCAGAACAUGGUCCCUACCAGUCAGGAGUGUAAUCUGUCUUGCUAGAGAACAGAGAUUCGGCCACAGUCAUUAAACAUUGGGUGUAGCUAGAUUGACUGCUUUGUGCUCUGGUGUCUAUAAAUGCACAUGUAGAGUUGGCUGCAUUUUGUUCUUUAAUUCAAUACCAAAAAUAGUAUCUGUUUUCUAAUUAUAAAUCUAAAUUGGCCCAAAUUUUAUUGAUGUUCUUUGAGUUCCUAAGAAACCUCUGCCAAAGGUUGAGGUGAUAUUUGAAAGAUGAAAUAGGGAGAAAUCUUUUAGGGAGAAUUGUUUUAUUUCCUUUUUUUUUUUUUUUUUUUUUUUUU